CCCUUGACCAACCCCUUCGUCGAUCGGAUCCCUCGAUAGAACAGGAAUUCCUCCAAAUUCCUCCAAAUUCCGCUCUCUCUUACCUCAUUCCACAUGGAUUUUCAUAACCAAUCCUAAUCCUGAUUUGUUCCUUAAUGCACGAUUCUCCCUAGGGUUCGCUUCCCUUUUCUGUAAUUUCAAUCCCAAAUUUCGCUUCGAAUUUGGUCCCGACCUGAUUCCACAAGAUACCAAUCCCAUGUCUUCUUUACGAUCAACAAUAUGGGUAUUGGUUCUUUGCGCUUUAGCGUUACGUUUCUGUACGAAUUUGGGUCGGGCUAUGAACCUCCCCUUCACGGCCAACGAUGUGCUUCCGGUUCUUCCUCGACAAAUAUCGUGGCCGGUGCUUAAUAAUUUCCAUUCUGCCGUGGAUUUGUUGCCGUCCUAUGUUGGGUCUGUGACUCCCAGUAAUGGAACAAUUGAGUGGAAGGGAGCGUGCUUCUCCACUAACGAAGCUCGGAUUGAUUUUACGGAAGGCGAUAGAGGCUUGGGAGGCGGUCUUCUCCGUCUUAAGACAUCUGCAGCACACAGCUGGACCUGUAUGGAUCUAUAUGUUUUUGCAACACCCUACAGGAUUACGUGGGAUUACUAUUUCUCUGCACGGGAGCAUACAUUGAAUUUUGGGUCAUGGGAAGAACCUGCUGAGUUGGAAUAUGUAAAGCAACAUGGGAUUUCUGUUUUUCUUAUGCCGUCCGGGAUGAUGGGAACAAUGCUCUCUUUGGUAGAUGUGUUGCCUCUGUUUUCCAAUUCCAUAUGGGGCGAAAAUGCCAAUUUAGCUUUUCUUAAAAAACAUAUGGGUGCUACAUUUGAAAAGCGAUCCCAACCUUGGCAAGCAACUAUUAAUCCAGAUGAUGUUCAUUCUGGUGAUUUUUUAGCAGUGUCAAAAAUUCGUGGACGGUGGGGAGGCUUUGAGACAUUAGAAAAGUGGGUAACAGGUGCUUUUGCUGGUCAUACAGCAGUUUGCUUAAAGGAUGAACAGGGUAAUCUUUGGGUUGGUGAAUCAGGACAUGAGAAUGAGAAGGGUGAAGAAAUUAUUGUGGUGAUUCCGUGGGAUGAGUGGUGGGAGUUGGCACUCAAGGACAACUCUAAUCCACAAAUAGCCUUGCUUCCGCUGCAUCCAGAGAUACGUGCAAAAUUCAACACUACUGCAGCAUGGGAAUACGCGCGAAGAAUGUCUGGGAAGCCAUAUGGUUAUCAUAACAUGAUUUUUAGCUGGAUUGAUACCGUAACCGAUAACUUUCCUCCACCUCUUGAUGCUCACUUGGUUAUUUCUGUCAUGUCUAUGUGGACUAGAUUGCAGCCAGCAUAUGCUGCGAACAUGUGGAAUGAGGCUCUGAACAAGCGGCUAGGAACUGAGGAUUUGGACUUGCAUGACAUUCUAGUCGAGACUGAAAAGCGAGGAAUUCCUUUUGACGUACUGCUUACAAUUCCGGAACAAGAUGAAUGGGUCUACAGUGAUGGGACAUCUACAACAUGUGUUGCCUUUAUCCUUGCAAUGUACAAGGAGGCUGGAGUAUUUGGUCCUAUAUCCAGCUCCAUUCAAGUAACAGAGUUCACUAUUCGGGAUGCAUAUAUGCUAAGGAUUUUUGAGGACAACCAAACAAACCUGCCAAGUUGGUGCAACAAUGAAAGUGAUAAUCUUCCCUUUUGCCAGAUUCUUGGUGAGUACAAAAUGGAACUUCCUGAGUACAAUACCUUGAAACCUUACGCCAAUAUGAAUGAAAAUUGCCCCUCCCUGCCUCCUACAUACGAUCGUCCCAUUCGAUGUUAAGCCUGGCUUUGGCCUACAUGUUGGCGAAGGCUGUCGAUUCAAUUCUUUACGACGAUUGUAUAAACCAUGGCAACUAAGUCUGAGAUUGUACGUGGACGAAAAGUGUUUCAAACCUUCUUUUAUCUGCAGCAGCUAGUUUCCCACUGGAGAUUCUCUGUAUUUGUACAUAAUUUUAGAAGACAUGUUGUGGUAUUUAAAAGACUGGGUGCUGAUUCAUUUCUGGUUCACACAAUCUCAGAAUGUUAUGCCCAUUCAUCCAGUGAAAUUUGAUCGUUGCUCUUUCAAAUUUGUGAAUGUUCCCA